AUGGAUGGGAUGAUGAUACAGGAUGGCACAAAUGAGCAGCCGGGUAUUGUUCCUCGAGUUCUUGAAGAGCUAUUUCGUCAACAAUCUUUGGAUAAGUCAUGUUCUUUAACAUUUUCAAUGAGUAUUUUGGAGGUUUAUAAGGGGAAUUUGAAAGAUCUACUUGCUCCAAGAUCAGCACUUAGAGCAUAUGAAGUUGUAUCAAAAUGCAAUCUGAGCAUUCAAACAGAUUCAAAGGGAUGUGUAGAAAUCGAGGGUCUGACAGAAAUUGAAAUCCCGGAUCUUGCAAAAGCGAAAUGGUGCUACAACAAGGGAAGAAAGACGCGGUCCACCUCAUGGACUAAUGUAAAUGAGGCAUCUAGCAGGUCACACUGUUUAACGAGGAUCACCAUUUCUCGAAAUGGGAAUACUCCGGAUUCUAGACCACGAGCUAGCAAACUCUGGAUGGUUGAUCUCGGAGGAAGCGAAAGAUUACUGAAAACAGGAGCAACCGGACAAACACUCGAUGAGGGACGGGCCAUAAAUCUGUCUCUUUCUGCUUUAGGAGAUGUUAUUGCAACUCUAAGAAAGAAAAAGGGUCAUGUGCCUUACAGAAAUAGCAAGCUUACUCAAAUCCUCAAGGAUUCCCUAGGUAUAUAACACUAGACAUUUGUCUUUUUAAAGUAAUACCAUGUUCGGACCCGAUUCAUAAAUUACAUAUAAUUCAUUUGUAAAUUGCACUUAGAUCGACUUGAAGAUGGUGAAUAUCGUUUAUAGAUAGUAAAAGUUAAUCUCAAAUUGAAAUGAAAGAUCACUGAAUUUACAAAU